AUGACCCAACUCACGGCAAAGAUUUCAGCAAUUCUAACGGCGACCAGCGAUGUACGACAAACUUUUCCUUUCAUCUAUUAUACGUUCGCAUUUAUACGCGCGACGCUUUUGCGCCUGCGCUUACCUGAUGGCAGUUCCGCUUGGCACAAGAGCAAAACCAAAUUGAUCUUGAAAGGCGUGCGAGGCCAGCCCAUGGUCUGCCCCCUCAAAGCAUAUGGUUUGCUCAUGGCCGACGACGUGCUAAUACGUGGACAAACUUAUCACAUUCAUGGUCCGGUGGGAGUUGACCCCGUGGGCGGCGCUUUCAUCAAGCACAGCUACAUUACCCAAAGUUUGGUGGCCACUGUGCCUCCUCGACAAGCCGAGCUGGCUGAAAAAGCCUAUAUAAGUUCCACCGGAAGAGUUCUUAGGGUCGCUUGGGACAAUGUCAACGAUGAUGGUGAUUGGCACCUUACGGUCGAAGCUGAACAUGAUAUCUUUGACCCGGAAGUAAGCGUCUUGGUUAAACCCUUCGUCUCCUACUGUUUCUUGCUUAACUCUUUUAUUUCUUACUUAGGAGAGAACCGUGUUGCACUUUGCGAUAACUUAUCGCUUUGGGCAUUUUUCUCCGGAGUUAUCCGAGAUGGAGGACAUAGAAGUGAACACCGUGAUGAUGUUCGAAGGCCUCGUUGUGUCCCAAGACCAGGAAUCUAA